AGAGCCCCGAGGGUGGGAGAUCCGGGGGGAAAUGUCUUCACCCUGCCCCAGCCCGCUACGUCCAUCCGUCCGUCUGUCCACUCCCACCCCCGUCACUGUCUUCAAUCCCCCCACACUCUAGAGGGCGGGUGGGCAGGCGAGUGAGAGCGAGGGGUGUGCGCCGCUCUCUCGGCAGGGGGCGGGGGAGGCGGCCGCGCGGUGACGCGCGGGGCUGCUGCGGCUGCUCCGCCGGCGGAUCAUCACUCUCGGGCUGGGAUGGACGCAGGGCGGGCGGGCCCUGGCGCGCAGAGCCAGGAGUCCGGGCCUCCUGGCUGCUGAGCAUUCCCCAAAGCCUCCCCCAGCCCUUGCCUUCCUUCCUAGGAGCCGCGCCGACCUCUGCCUCGAGGCUCCGGACUCGGCCCCCGCCCUCUUCUGACUCCCCGGAUCUCCCUCUCCCGCCCGCCCUCGGGAUCGACUAGAUCCCUCCCCCCUCCCCGAGGAUUCCGGCUGGAUCCCUGCCCCUGCACCGCGGAUUCUGCGCUCCGGGGCCCCGGGCCCCUGGGGAUUGCUGUGGACUCCUCCUCCAGCGCCCGAUCCCUUAGGAUCUUCCGCCUGGACCGCCUCUUGGUCCCUCGAAGCCGGCCCAGAGAGCCAGUGGAUCUCCAAUCCAAUCCUGUCCCGUUGCUCCCUCCUGGCUCAGCCUUCCCCACUGCGGGGUUCCCUGUUCUUGAGCUCCCUCUGACCCCAUACCCUAGCUUUCCUUUUCCCGGGGAUCGACUGGAUCCCGGCCCCGCCCCCCGGGGCUGGGGCGAUCCCCCUCCCCCGCCGGGUGAGGCGCUGCAGGCGGGGGCUGGGCCUGCGGGGCCGCGGGGGCUCAGAGGCCGCCGCCCCCCUUCUGAAGCCCGUCCGCCCCCCACUCGGAGCCCUGGAUGGAGGCACCACGGCCCCAGGGCUGAUCCAGGUCGGGCCUGCCUGCACCUCCUCCCACCUUCCUCCCCUUCCCCACCCCUCGCCCCCUCCAUGGAGAGGAACAGACCCCUCUUCUGUCCCUUCUAACCCAGGUCCCUACCCGUCCCCCUCCUCCUUCCUUUCCCCGCCCCCUCCUCCCUCCUGGGGCGAGGGGGGCCUCCCUCCCUCUCCCCCCCUUCUCUCUCUCUCCGAGGGGGGGGUCAGGGGAGGGAGGGGGGGUCCCCCAAUCAGCAUGUGGCUCCUGGCGUUGUGUCUGGUGGGGCUGGCUGGGGCUCAACGGGGAGGAGGGGGUCCCGGCGGCGGCGGCGGCGGCGGCGGCGCCCCUGGCGGCCCGGGCCUGGGCCUCGGCAGCCUCGGGGAGGAGCGCUUCCCGGUAGUGAACACAGCCUACGGGCGAGUGCGCGGCGUGCGGCGCGAGCUCAACAACGAGAUCCUGGGUCCGGUCGUGCAGUUCUUGGGCGUGCCCUACGCCACGCCGCCCUUGGGCGCCCGCCGCUUCCAGCCGCCGGAGGCACCGGCCUCGUGGCCCGGCGUGCGCAACGCCACCACCCUGCCGCCCGCCUGCCCGCAGAACCUGCACGGGGCCCUGCCGGCCAUCAUGCUGCCUGUGUGGUUCACCGACAACUUGGAGGCGGCCGCCACCUACGUGCAGAACCAGAGCGAGGACUGCCUGUACCUCAACCUCUACGUGCCCACUGAGGACGGUCCGCUCACAAAAAAACGUGACGAGGCGACGCUCAAUCCGCCAGACACAGAUAUCCGGGACUCUGGGAAGAAACCAGUGAUGCUGUUUCUACAUGGCGGCUCCUACAUGGAGGGCACUGGGAACAUGUUCGACGGCUCAGUCCUGGCUGCCUAUGGCAAUGUCAUCGUAGCCACGCUCAACUACCGUCUUGGGGUGCUCGGUUUUCUCAGCACUGGUGAUCAGGCUGCAAAAGGCAACUAUGGGCUCCUGGACCAGAUCCAGGCCCUGCGCUGGCUCAGUGAAAACAUUGCCCACUUUGGAGGUGACCCUGAACGCAUCACCAUCUUUGGGUCGGGUGCGGGGGCCUCCUGUGUCAACCUGCUGAUCCUCUCCCACCAUUCAGAAGGACUCUUCCAGAAGGCCAUUGCUCAGAGUGGCACCGCCAUUUCCAGCUGGUCUGUCAACUAUCAGCCGCUCAAGUACACGCGGCUGCUGGCAGCCAAAGUGGGCUGUGACCGCGAGGACAGCACCGAGGCUGUGGAGUGUCUGCGCCGGAAGUCUUCCAGGGAGCUGGUGGACCAGGAUGUGCAGCCUGCCCGCUACCACAUCGCCUUUGGGCCUGUGGUGGACGGCGACGUAGUUCCCGAUGACCCCGAGAUCCUCAUGCAGCAGGGAGAAUUCCUCAACUACGACAUGCUCAUUGGUGUCAACCAGGGAGAGGGUCUCAAGUUCGUGGAGGACUCUGCAGAGAGUGAGGAUGGCGUGUCCGCCAGCGCCUUUGACUUCACGGUCUCCAACUUUGUGGACAACUUGUACGGGUAUCCGGAGGGCAAGGACGUGCUGCGGGAGACCAUUAAGUUCAUGUAUACGGACUGGGCUGACCGGGACAAUGGCGAGAUGCGGCGGAAGACCCUGCUGGCACUCUUUACCGACCACCAGUGGGUGGCCCCGGCUGUGGCCACUGCCAAGCUGCAUGCCGACUACCAAUCCCCCGUCUACUUCUACACUUUCUACCACCACUGCCAGGCCGAGGGCCGGCCGGAGUGGGCUGACGCCGCCCACGGGGACGAGCUGCCCUACGUCUUCGGGGUCCCCAUGGUAGGCGCCACCGACCUCUUCCCCUGCAACUUCUCCAAGAAUGACGUCAUGCUCAGCGCAGUGGUCAUGACCUACUGGACCAACUUCGCCAAGACUGGUGACCCCAACCAGCCGGUGCCACAGGACACCAAGUUCAUCCACACGAAGCCCAACCGCUUCGAGGAGGUGGUGUGGAGCAAGUUCAACAGCAAGGAGAAGCAGUACCUGCACAUAGGCUUGAAGCCGCGCGUGCGCGACAACUACCGUGCCAACAAGGUGGCCUUCUGGCUGGAGCUCGUGCCUCACCUGCACAACCUGCACACGGAGCUCUUCACCACCACCACCCGCCUGCCUCCCUACGCCACGCGCUGGCCACCCCGCACCCCCGGUCCCGGCACUUCCGGCACCCGCCGGCCGCCCCCGCCCGCCACCCUGCCGCCCGAGUCCGACAUUGACCCCGGCCCGAGGGCCUAUGACCGCUUCCCCGGUGACUCGCGGGACUACUCCACGGAGCUGAGCGUCACCGUGGCCGUGGGAGCCUCCCUCCUCUUCCUCAACAUCCUUGCCUUUGCCGCCCUCUACUACAAGCGGGACCGGCGCCAGGAGCUCCGGUGCCGGCGCCUUAGCCCACCCGGAGGCUCAGGCUCAGGGGUGCCCGGCGGGGGCCCCCUGCUCCCCACGGCCGGCCGGGAGCUGCCUCCCGAGGAGGAGCUGGUGUCCCUGCAGCUGAAGCGGGGUGGGGGUGUCGGGGCGGACCCUGCUGAGGCCCUGCGCCCUGCCUGCCCACCCGACUACACCCUGGCCUUACGCCGGGCACCGGACGAUGUGCCUCUCUUGGCCCCGGGGGCCCUGACCCUGCUGCCCAGUGGCCUGGGGCCCCCGCCCCCGCCCCCACCCCCUUCCCUCCAUCCCUUUGGGCCCUUCCCACCUCCCCCUCCAACUGCUACCAGUCACAACAACACGCUACCCCACCCCCACUCCACGACGCGGGUAUAGGGGGCGGCUUGGGGAGGCCUGCCUCCCUCACCCUCCCCAGCCCAGGCCACUUGAAGGCAGGGAGGAGGACUU